UGCUUCCGGUUCAUAUCAACAUGAAAACAGACUUCGAUACGUGGACUAAAACAACUUGGAGUUUAUAGAAUCUGUAUUUUUCUAAAUAAACGCUAGACACUAUCUUGCUCCUCAAAAAUAUUUCAUCUGAAAAAACAAAUAUAGAAUCCAUAAUAUACAAUGGUGAAAAUUCUAGCUAAUGGUGAUAUUGUACCAGACGAUGACCCAAGGGUGAAACAAACUACAUACCGUGCACCACCUGUGCCGCCAGUACGCCAGGGUGGCAUCAACUCCAGCAUGAAUAAUGACAACUACCAACAGCAAGGUCAACAGGUGAAUAUGUUCCAGUCACUGAACCAGAGACUUUUGGCAUAUGGAAUUCCACAGUGGACUUUGGGUGAUAUAGUGAUUGAACCUCUGGUGUUGGUGGGCCUUAUUCUAGCGUUGAUCUUUUUUGGAAUUCAGGGCCUCAUAUUUGGACUUGUUUUGUUUGUCAUCAGUCGGUGGAGCACACAUGGUGCUCCUGAUUUUGUGUCAAGGUUUUUAGGAGGGGGUGGGGGCGGAGGUGGAAACCAAGGAGGAAAUCAAGGAGGAAGGGGUAACAACAAUCAGCCACACGGAAGAGCUGGUGGUGGCUAUAGAUUGGGCAGGUGAAACAUGAUGUGUAAACUGUUGAUAUAUAUUGUUUCAUAUAAGUUAUUUAAGUUGUAUAGGCUACACACAUUUGAAGUACUGGUACAUUAUAAAAGGAAUUGCAGGUAGAAAUGAAUAAAAAUCAUUUCACCGCAGCAGUAUUCAUAACUUUCUAUGUGUAAUGCUGUUUUUAAAAAAUCCAUGCUCCGUAUAGACUAUAACUACCAGUACUGACUCCCAAGAUUGUGAAUUUUGGAUUGGUAAACAAUCAGCAAAAAGAUUGACACUUAAUUCCUUGAUACAUUGUUCAUUGAUCUUUUUGGAGGUAAAAUAGCUAUUUUCAUAUACUACAGUGACACUGCCUGUUUUAAAAACUGCUCAAACUAUUUUAGUUACACUUUAAAAUAAACCUCACACCUUCCCUACAUUUGUGUGUCUGUUGUGACAAAAAAUAUAUCAAGUAAAUAAUGUUGUUUCACAUUCCCAUCCAUUUUAAAUUAAACAUCAUAAAGUGGCCUGAUUCUAGAUAUUUUAUCACUUUAUUUUCUAAUUUCUUAAUUAUUUCAUGAUCAUCUGUGUUUACUUAUUUAUUCUUACAUUAUGAAUUUUUUUUUUAAUUUGUUAUGUUAAAAAUGUAUUUUUAUAUAUGAGAAUAAAAAAUUUACUUUUUAGGAUUAUUAUAAAGGGAAAAUAAAAUGUUGGUGCUAUAAGAACUUGAUUGAGAAUGUGUGCAAUGAUUAUCAUGGAUGCAAUAGAGACACAUUUCAUCAAACUG